AUGGCGGAUAGGAAGUUGCCAGUCUCAGGUCCUAACAGCAAAAAGAUUAAGAUUGAAGUCCAAGGGGAUAGAUCUGAAACCUCGGGCAACUGCUUUUCACCAAGUGGUUUCCAGUCCUUCACAUAUGCAGAUUUAUUGUAUUAUGUAAGCAUUGAUAAGGAGGGCAAGAUUUUCAACUAUUCAGAUUUGCUGAAGGGAGGUGCAGACAACGAAUACUGCACUGUUUGUAAAGUACCCGGGCAUGGUACUAAUGUGUGUCUCAGACCCUACAUAAAAGAUUGGCCAGGGUUCCCUAUUAAUGGCAUUGCAAUUCUUCAGCGUCCAAUUUGGAUGCCACCACUUUACCGUCCACAGGUAGCAACUCUUCGGGACUACUGUGCAACUGUUAGACGCCAGCGUCGGGCAACCAUUAGACGCCAACAUAUGCAAAUGCGUAGACGCUUGCACAUGCCAGUUCAUGUCCAUUCACUUCAGCGACCAUUCAUUGUCCCAGCACCUUCAAUUUAUCGAGUCAGGACUGUGGGCCGUAGGGAUCAACCACACUGCAGCCUGUGUGGUGCAAUAGGGCACGACAUUUGCACUUGCAGCAAGCUGGCUUGA